UGCUCCUUCUUCUCCUUCUUCUCGGGGCAGCAGCCUUCCCUGCCUGCCUUCCUCGCAGCCAUGCCUCCCGAUGCCCCGCAGAAGGUGGCAGAGGGAGCCUGGGGCCAGUGGCGGGGCUGGAGGGCGCCCCUGGGCUGCUGCCUCCUCCUCCUCCUCCUCCUCCUCCGAUGAUGGGCUCCGGGAGGAUGCUCUUGCCGGGGCUGCUGCUGCUGUUCCUCGGGGGUCUCUCGGCGGGAUGCCCGCUCCAGCUGCGGGGCUGCAAGUGCGGGGGCGAGCGGGGCAAGGGCCUGGCCGGAGGGGCCCCCAGGAGGAGGGUGGCUUGCUCCGGGCAAGAGCUGGCCCAGCCGCCCCCGCCCCGCGCCCUCCCCAACGGCACCGUCACCCUGCUUUUGAGCAACAACAAGAUAACAACCUUAAAGAAUGCCUCUUUCUUUGGACUGAAUGCUCUUGAGAAACUAGAUAUAAAGAACAACCUGAUUAGCACCAUCCAGCCUGGAGCUUUUCUUGGUCUCUCAGACCUAAAACGUCUGGAUCUCUCCAACAAUCGCAUCGGCUGCCUCAGCACUGGCAUCUUCCAGGGACUGACCAGUCUCGUCCGCUUGAACGUGUCGGGGAAUAUUUUCUCCAGCCUCCAGCAUGGAGUCUUUGAUGAGCUACUAUCUCUGAAAGUACUUGACUUUGCCACGGAAUAUUUGACCUGUGACUGCAACUUGCGCUGGGUCCUGGCCUGGUCAAAGAACCGUUCCAUCCAGAUAUCUGACAACACCUUGUGCAUCUACCCGAGCAGCUUACAUGGGAAGCCGCUACGGAAUACCAGAGAGAGCCAGAUGCGCUGCGAAGGGGCUCCGGAGCUACACACCCACCAUCUGAUCCCAUCUCUGCGGCAGGUUGUCUUCCAAGGUGACCGCCUUCCUUUCCAGUGUACAGCAACCUACCUGGACAAUAGCACACACAUUCUUUGGUACCACAACCAUGCCCUUGUGCAGGAGGAUGAACACAGCGGCAUAAUCCUGGAGGAGAGCCUUGUCCAUGAUUGCACCUUCAUCACAAGUGAACUCAUCCUGUCCAACAUCCAUGUCUCAGCCAGUGGUGAAUGGGAAUGCACCAUCCUCACUGCUCAGGGCAAUGUUAGCAAGAAAGUGGAGAUAGUUGUGCUGGAGACGUCAGCGUCCUACUGCCCACCAGAGCGGGUUACCAACAACCGUGGAGACUUCAGAUGGCCACGGACUUUGGCGGGCAUCACAGCUUACCAGUCCUGCCUCCAGCAUCCCUUCACCUCUGGGAAUGGUGGGCCCAGCCGUGAGAAGCAAGCAUGGAGGCGCUGUGACCGCACAGGACGCUGGGAGGAGGGGAACUAUUCCCACUGCUUGUACACCAAUGAUAUCACCCGUGUUCUCUACACCUUUGUUUUGAUGCCCAUCAAUGCUUCCAAUGCACUGACCCUGGCGCACCAACUGCGUGUCUACACAGCCGAGGCUGCAAACUUUUCGGACAUGAUGGAUGUCAUCUAUGUGUCUCAAAUGAUUGAAAAAUUCACUGGUUAUGUGGACCAGAUUAAACAGCUCAUGGAUGUCAUCGUGGAGAUGGCCAGCAAUAUGAUGCUGGUGGAUGACCACGUUCUUUGGAUGGCUCAGAUUGAGGACAAGGCUUGCACCAGUAUUGUUCGCUCUCUGGAAAAGAUUGCCAGCUACACCCUCAGCGCUAAUUCUCAGCAUGUGGCCGUGAACUCCAGGAAUAUCGCUUUCGAAGCCUACCUGAUCAAGCCAGACAGCUAUGUGGGCCUGAGGUGUACAGCCUUCCAGAAGCAGGAGAUGAUGCUUGGGGGCCGCUCCCCAAGGCAGGAACGGUACACCGAGCCCUUGUCAGACCAACAACUUAAGUUCCGGUGUACAACAGGCCGUCCAAACAUCUCACUGGCCAGCUUCCACAUCAAGAACAGCAUUGCUCUGGCCUCCAUUCAGCUGCCUCCUGGCCUCUUCUCCCCACCAGCACCUUCCCACCCUCCACCUCUCCUAUGUAAGCUCCAGUUCCUGGUGUUCCGCAAUGGCAAACUCUUCUGCAGCACUGGAAACUCUUCACACCUGGCUGAUGAUGGCAAACGGCGCAGCGUGGCCACACCAGUGAUCUAUGCAGGAACACAUGGCUGUGGAGUGAGCAACCUCACAGAGCCUGUUGUCAUUUCACUGCGGCAUUUGGACAAGGGAGUGGACCGUGUGGCUGCUUAUUGGGACUUUGAUAUUCUGGGUGGCUACGGUGGAUGGAGAGUGGAAGGCUGCAGGAUGAUUGGCCUAGAAUCCAACGUCACCACCAUGAGUUGCCGGCACCUCAGUAAUGUUGCUGUAUUGAUGGAGCUCAGCAAUUUCCCACAUGAGUCGCAGAGCCCAGCAGAAGUGCUGCAUCCUGUCAUUUACAGUUGCACUGCCCUCCUUCUCUUGUGCCUCUUUGCCACCAUCAUCACCUAUAUCAUCAACCACAGCACCAUUCACAUCUCACGUAAGUGCUGGCACAUGCUAUUGAACCUCUGUUUCCACAUCGCCAUGACAUCAGCCGUGUUUGCAGGUGGCAUCACCCUCACCAACUAUGUUGCCAUCUGCCAAGCAGUUGGCAUCAUUCUCCACUAUUCCUCAUUAUCUUCACUUUUAUGGAUGGCAGUGAUGGCACGAGUGAUCUAUAAGGAGGCCACAUGGAAGGCACCACAGCUGCAGGAAGGAGAAACACUCCCACCAGCCCCACCCCCAAUGCUACGAUUCUACCUAAUUGCUGGUGGGAUCCCUCUGAUUAUUUGUGGGAUUACAGCUGCGGUCAAUAUUCACAAUUAUGGAGAUCAGGAGUUCUAUUGCUGGCUGGCCUGUCGACCAAGCAUUGGGGCAUUCUAUGUGCCUGCAGCUUUCAUUUUGCUUGUCACCUGGAUCUACUUCUUGUGCGCUGGAAUCAGUUUGCAGUGCCAAGCCAAGAACCCCAAAGAGGUGCCCAAGCCCCUGGAAACUCGACAGCGCCUGGGUGGCAGCAGCAACCUUUUGACUGACUCGGGUUCCAUCUCAGUUACACUGAAUUCUGGGCCUCAUGCUGUUGAAGUUGAUGGCGUCUAUUCCUUAGAGAUGCAGUUCUGGGCCCUUGUGAUCACCCAUUUUCUGUACAUCACCCUUUGGAUGUUUGGGGCCAUGGCGGUUUCCCAGCGCUGGUUCCUCCUAAAAGUCAUCUUCAGUUGCCUCUAUGGAGUGACAGCUAGUGCUUUGGGGCUCUUCAUCUUUGUCUACCACUGUGCCCGCCGUCAGGAUGUGCAGAGUUCAUGGUUUGCCUGCUGCCCAUCUUAUAGGAAUGCUUUACCCAUGCAAGCCUAUGUGCACCCUGGGGUAGGCGUGGAGGAUGGUUCCCAGAUCUUCAUUGGCUGUAGCCCUGAGGUGGCUCCAUCUGUCAAGUCUUCAUCCUCCCCCAGCAGCACUAAUUCAGCCCCAGGGUCUUGCAAGCUCAACAACUUGCAAGUCGCCCUUAGCCAGGCAGAUGUGAACCCUCUGCCAUCCAUCUGCUGUGAAGAUGUUGAGCCUUCCAAUAGUAAGAGUACCCCUCCAGCCAGGUAUGCCAACAACUUACAUGGGCGCAGUCGGCACCACAAAAGUCGGACUAAGCAGUACCGGGAAGGGAAACACCAGCGCCUAAAAGUGCUACGGGGGCCUUCUUCAGAGCAUCCCACCAGUGAAAGUGGGAGCCUCCACAACAGCCAUUCAGAGAGUUACCAAAGUAGUCGGAAUAGUCCAUUGAACAAUCGUCGCCCAGGGGUGGUACCAAGCCUGGAGUCAGCCCUGACGCAGUCUGACUUGAGCGAUGGCAGUGGUGGCCACCAGCCAUCAGAUUUUGGUCAAGCCAAGCAGAGAAGCGCCAGCAGAGACAACCUCAAGCACCAAACCAAUGCCACCAUGGAGAAAGAGACUAAGAGGCGAUCUUUUCCGCUCAACACAACCAAUCAGAAUGGGGUCCUGAAGGGCAGCAAGUAUGACAUAAACCUCACAAGUGCUGACAGUGCAGCUGGCAUGAAAACAGGCCUCUGGAAGAGCGAGACAACAGUAUAAGCAAAGCCCAAAGGGCCAGGCGACUCCAGCUCGAGCUGCCACACCCCAGUUUCCCAGGCAAAAAGCUGUAAGGUACAGCAUCUUAUUGCCAAAGCAAGCUGCCAAAGUGGCUGUUAUGCACUAUAUGGGCUCAGGCAGUAUUAGCAGGAGUGGCCACACUCCUUGCCAGACACCUGCAGUGGAGAAGAAGGUCCAGCAGGUAUUUGAGUGGUUGAGGUGGGUGGGCAUGCCUGUAUAUCCUGUCACAGGAACAACGGCACACUCCCUGUCUCUGCUGCUUAAUGCACAAGGUAAUGCUGGUGGGAGUGGGACAUUUCACUCUCCUUGGAAUGAGCAGUGGAUGACUGUCCCCUAAGGCACUAAAAGCACUAAAGUUGUAAGGUGGAAGACAAUCAUUUAGGGUUUGUUUUUUUAAAGCAUUCUGGAGCGUUGCAAUCUUAUAUCCCCUUUUGCAUGUCACAUAGAUCCUCAGAUGCUUUUGUAUAAUAUACUGAGGGCAGCAUUAUUUAUAAGCUGAAAGCUGUAGUAUCAUAUGUACAUAUGUAUAGGCAAAAUGUGCUAUUUGAUGACUGUGCCUGCAGACUUUGUGUUGAAACAAUCCAUGUUCUGUAAAGGAGGUUUCUCCUCCUGCUGAACUCAGGGCCAGAUCACAUGGCUAGUUUUGACUCAUCUUGGAUGCUUUGACUGAACCUGCUUGAUGGGGAGGUUGUUUUGACACAGCUCUGCAAAGUGUGAGGAACUGAAGGAGGUGUGCACACAUAUGACUUCCGUUCCAUGAUCCACAGGAUGAGAACCCAUUCUCUUUGACCUCUCCUUUUCCAAGUGGAAGGAUUUUGCUUUUAUUUUAAUAUUAGUGGACCAUUCAAUAAUGAGAACUCCUUGCAGGCAGAAAGUGGUAGACCCUAAACGCAGGCUGAUUACUUCAGUGAAAACUAUACCUAAGUCUUGCAGGAUUUUGUACAUGAAUUUGCAAAAAUUGUGCUUAGAUAUAUUCUUGAUGAAUAUUUGCACCGUGAUCAGCAAUUCUUGCUGGCCAGUCUCCUCUCCAGCAAUAUAGUUUUGGGAAAGGCCAAAAGGUGAGAAGAGCAUAUGCUCUUGUGUAUUGCUUCCCAAAGGAACACAUAGCACCCAGUGCUCCCCUCCCCUGCUAGUCUUUUCUGAAAGGAGGGAUGAGCUCUUGUCUUCCAUCAGAAGUGCUUAUGGCACCUUCAGGAAGCAUCAUCACCCAUCUUUCUUGCUCAGGAACAUGAAAAGCCAUUGGGGAAUGUCAGUUGCCAAUUUGGCUCUGCUUGACCAAGCUCUUGGGGCAAGUUAGGAAUGCAGCCUCCAAAUAAUCCUCACAUUUCCUCCUCCUAUCUUUGGAAGUAGAGAGAUGGCAUAAAUUGUAGCACAUUUGAGCCAGAAUCCUGCUGAUGACACACACUCAAAUAUUUCUUGAUAUUGAUCACACAAGGAGGUACUGUAUUCAGGACUUCUUUGCACAGUCAAUUUAGUGGCUGAAGGAAGGCAGCAGGAGAAAGCCUGGGAAAGUACCCAGACAUCAGUUGUCCAGCUGGGAGGAAUUCUUUAUUUUAUUAGUGGGGUUUUCUUAGGGGGGGUUAUUUUGAAUGAAUUAAAAAGGUGCCCCUGAUUAAUUGAGCUGCAGAUUUGCUUAGGUAGACAGAGAAAUAAUGGUAAGUUAAGUACAAGCACUUACCAGAACUGCUUUAAAGCAGCAUUAUCCCUUCUCUAAAAAGGAUUUCUCUUUCCCAUGAUGUCUGUCAAUGUCAAGUAUGUUUCUUCCUUCAGAAAUGUUUUCUCCUUCAUGGACUCUGUGAAAUCACACAAACGAGUCUUGGCACAGGCACCAAGGCUCAUAUGUGUGAAUUCACAGAUGGCCACUCAAAGAAUCACAGUUGUAGGUAAGCAACCUGUUCCUUUUUGCGCAUUUAAUCGAUUGAUCACUUAAUUAUGAAUUCUUAGCUGAGAUCUUGCACAGUGCACAGGGAGCAUUAACUGUGAAUGCAACUCCAUGGCUCCCUCUCCAAGCAGUUGUUACAGUCAGUAAACUGUUUCUUGCCCUCUUCUUCUCUCCAUAGUGAACCUCAGUGGGAUCAAGAGAGUAGUCCCUUGUGCCUUGUUCAAAACAGGACAUAAUCACACGUGCGUCACUAACAGGAUUCCAACCAUUAAUUAUAAUUUCUUUAAGCAAAUAAUAUCCCUACUUUAAAAAAAAGGUGGCAUCUUGUUCAGCAGUUAUGAGAUCACAAGGUGCACUUAUCAUAAUGUAGCUGCUGGAGAAUCACGGUUACAGCUGUCAACAACCAAACAUGGCCUUAAAAACCAAUGUUUCCACCCUGGCAUUGCUCUGACUGAAGCGUUUCCACAAUGACAUGGGCAUCACUCUCCCAGCACAGGGUGCAUUGAGUCAAGUAGUUGUGCCAACACCCUGAGAGGUUUCUCCAGCUGCCUCUUCUCAAUGCAUUCAAUGACUGGAUGAGUGGUGCAGUCUAGUCCCCUGAUCUGCAGCACCUUGGCAGCACUUCAGUUGGGUCUCUGCCAAGCUGGACAGAGAGAUUGCAGGGAAUGGCACUGUCACACUUAAGUACAAUGAUGGAGCUCCAUCAUAGCAGUUAAGAUGAUGAUGCAGGAUCGCAGCCAAAUGGAAAACGUUGGUCAUAAAAUGAAAAUGUGCAGAGAAAAUACACUGAGGUGGUUCUGAAAUAGCCUCCAUAUAGCAUUUUUAGAACUGAUGAAAGUAUCUGAGGAAGAGGUGCCAGAGGAUCAAAACACAUUAAUCCUUCAAGGAUUAGGCAGGGGACAAUAUUUUAAAAAUGCCUUUAAGCACCUUUGGGAUAUUCCCUACUAUUUGAUUUUCAUGGAAAAAGCAAACCUUUCUUUACCAAGUUGUCAAGUACUCACUUUACCUCACUUGUGUGGAAUUUGCUAUUUCUAAAAUGACCUGGAAAUAGCUGCACACGUAAUGUCUUCAGUUCUCAAGUGCAUGUUCCAGAAGAGGUAGCAAGAAGCAGGAGAUUCACUCCUUGCCCAGUCUACAUAGAUUUAUUAUAUUAUGUUAUGCAAACUGAAGUCACAAGGGAAACUAAAACUGAGUUGUGAAAAUGUCUUCUGAUGCAUUAUUUUCCAAACUGACUCACCUCAGAGCUACAGCCUUCUAAUGUUGCUUUUGUUGUAUCAGACAACGAGAUAAGGAAAUAUCACAGAGAGAGAUUAUAAGGCUUGAAUUGAAAAAUCUUCCCCCAGCCUAAAGUGGGUUAUAUCAGCAACAUCACAGUUUGGGGUGGGUGGAGUGGGUAGGUUUUUGCUGUUGUUUAAAAAAACCCUUUCCCUCCUCCCUUUCUUUUCUAAGAGAGAUACUAGCUUAGUCAUACCUUGAACCUGGGUCUCUUGUUCUGUUUCAUCUCCCCAAAUCUCCAGGCAGCACAGUGGCAAGAGAUUUUGGAAAGUCAUAGCCUAACAAUUUCUGGGGAGCCAAAUCUGGGAACCAUUAGAAAAUACAAAGCAAACAUAGCUCAUUUAGUUUCCAAAGAAGUAAUCAUGUUAAUCUCUUGCAACAUAAAAAGGAGGGGGGGGGAGGAAUAUAGCAGCAACUUUAAGAUUAACCUUUAAAAAAAAUUGCAUGAGGUUUCAUGGAUAUAAACCCACUUCUUUGGAUGCAUAGAGUGAUAACAAAUGCUUAGAUAUAAAGCAUAUAUUGACAGUUGUAGGAGUGGGAUGGUAUUUAAUAGGAUCCAGAAGGAUGCAAAUCAUGAUCCUUGCCCUAAAUUUUUAAAGGGUUGCAUACAGAGAUACAGGAUAGAACAGGAGAAGCAUAGGGCAAUAACAAAUACAGCUUUGUGUAACAACAUAAAAGCCAUAGGUGUCCAAGAAUUCCAGUUAAGUGAGUAUAGAUCCCUGGAUCCUUUGGUCUCAGCAAGCAAAAUGUUUUCUCCAUGACCAUCAUGAAGGCACAACAGGCUAGGAAAGUGAGACCAACUGUUCCAUCUCUCCUCUCACAAAUUAAUCACUGCAGUAGAGUGCUUGAGAAAAUGAGAGCUCAAUUACAGAAGUAGUCUUGAGUAGAAACACAUGGACGGGGUACUACAAAUGAGAAACAAAUGCAGACUUGGUAAACAGACCCAUAUAACAUGUUUUAAAAAACCAAAAACCUCCAGUGCCUUGUUCUUACUAUUUUGUGAUGGUAUGAAAUAAAAAGGAGUUACUCUGAACAGAAUGCAAAAAUUAAAAACGUCCUUCUAUAUGGACAGAUAAAUACGGUGAAGUUUCAGUAUUCGCUGGGGUUUGAUUCCAGGACCCUCUGUGGAUACCAAAAUGUAUAGAUGGUCAAGUCCCAUUAAAUAAAAUGAAAUGGUGUCCAUUAUAUAUAAAGCAAAUUCAAGGUUGCUUUUUGGAAUUUAUAUAUAUUUUAAAUAUUUUCAAGCCAUAGAUGGUUGAAUCCAUGGAUGUGGAGGGCUGCCUGUACUUGCUGUCUCCUUGCCUGUACAAAACCUACCUCCAAGGAACUGCAAGAUUGCUUUAGCCCACCUUGUGUGGUGCCACAAGUCAUGAAAAAGGGGCCCUGGACCAGUAUGAGGAUUUGUACUGGCUCUGAGAGCUGUCACGGAAAGUUGUAGCCAUUAAAUGAUUAUAAAGCACUUAAUCCCUGAAUCUUCCAAAAACUGUUGACAAGUGCUUCCUUCUGUCUUGCUUGAGAGUUGUCCCUUCUCAUCUCAUGCGGAGGGCUUAUUAGUUUUAUAUGCAUAUUUAAUAAAGCCUAAAUCAUUUAUAUGUCAGUACUGCAACUCACAUAUUGGCAGUGCUGAACUUGUUAUAUAUGCUUGCUACACUGAAACAGUAUUAUCAGAAAAGCUUUGUAUUCGUUCAUCUGUUUACAUUAGGAGCAAAUGGCAUAUCAGACAGAAAGCUCUUUGAGAGACAACUGUGCCAAAGAAAGCAUUUAAUAGUUGAUUUUUGUUGUGGUUUUUUUGCAUUUUAUAUAAAUGAACUGUUUCUAGCAGAUGUUUCUUGUUUAAUAUAUUAAAGAUUUGCAACAUCCAA